CUCGCCGCCCUCGCCUGGGUCUGCGCCCCGGCUCCUUCAUCGCGUAGCAUCGCGUCGGCCCGGCCCGGCCCGGCCCGGCCAGCCGGCAGAUGCCCCGACUUGCUGCAGUCGCCGCCGCCUUCGACUCUGCCGGUGGCGGUGUGGGAGGCGGGCGACCGGCCCGGGGCCGCUGAGUGUGGCAGGCGGACGGGGCCGGGGGCCGCGGGCGCUGCGGCGUCGGGGGCUCCGCGCGGACCAUGUAUUUCCUGAGCGGCUGGCCCAAGAGGCUGCUCUGCCCCGCGGGGAGCCCGGCCGAGGCGCCUUUCCACGUCCAGUCGGACCCGCAGAGGGCUUUCUUCGCCGUGCUGGCCCCGGCCCGCCUCAGCAUCUGGUACAGCCGACCUACUGUAUUAAUUGUAACCUACAAGGAACCUACAAAAUCAUCUACUCAGUUUGGAUCCUAUAAACAAGCUGAAUGGAGGCCAGACAGUACAAUGAUAGCUGUAUCAACGGCAAAUGGCUACAUCUUAUUUUUUCAUAUUACAUCUUCAAGUGGGGACAAGUACCUUUAUGAACCAGUGUAUCCCAAAGGAAGUCCACAAAUGAAGGGGACACCCCAUUUUAAGGAAGAACAGUGUGCUCCAGCAUUAAAUUUAGAGAUGAGGAAAAUAAUGGAUUUGCAGGCACCUAUCAUGAGUUUGCAGUCUGUGCUGGAAGAUCUUCUGGUUGCUACUUCAGAUGGACUUCUUCAUCUUAUUCAUUGGGAAGGAAUGACAAAUGGAAGGAAAGCCAUUAAUCUUUGCACAGUACCCUUUUCAGUAGAUCUGCAAUCGGCUAGAGUAGGUUCGUUCCUGGGCUUUACAGAUGUGCACAUCAAAGACAUGGAAUACUGUGCCACACUUGAUGGAUUUGCUGUUGUGUUUAAUGAUGGUAAAGUUGGAUUUAUUACACCAGUGUCAAGUAGAUUUACUGCAGAGCAGCUUCAUGGAGUUUGGCCACAGGAUGUUGUUGAUGGAACAUGUGUAGCAGUAAAUAACAGAUACCGGCUAAUGGCAUUUGGUUGUACAAGUGGUUGUGUCCAGGUUUAUACAAUAGAUAACACCACUGGAGCCAUGCUGCUGUCUCAUAAAUUGGAGCUAACAGCAAAACAGUAUCCUGACAUUUGGAACAAAACUGGAGCUGUUAAAUUGAUCAGAUGGUCUCCUGACAAUAGUGUUGUACUUGUGACCUGGGAAUAUGGAGGCUUUUCUUUAUGGAGUGUGUUUGGAGCCCAGCUGAUUUGUACACUUGGAGGAGAUUUUGCUUAUAGGUCUGAUGGUACCAAAAAAGAUCCCCUAAAGAUCAACUCUAUGUGCUGGGGUGCAGAAGGCUAUCACCUAUGGGUAAUCAGUGGAUCUGGAUCUCAACACACUUCCCUUGAGGCUGACCUAAGGAGUACAGUUAAACAACCCAGCAUUUUGCUAUUUCAGUUUAUCAAGAGUGUACUCACUGUAAACCCCUGUAUGAGUAACCAAGAGCAGGUAUUGCUUCAAGGAGAGGAUCGUUUGUACUUGAACUGUGGAGAGGCCUCACAAUCCCAGAACCCCAGGAAUUCCUCAGCACACUGUGAGCAUAAGCCCAGGCCAGAAAAGAGCUUAUUCGCAGAUGGAGGUUUAGAGUCUCAAGGUUUAAGCAAUUUACUUGGACAUCGGCAUUGGCAUGUUGUACAGAUUUCCAGCACCUAUCUAGAGAGCAAUUGGCCUAUACGGUUUUCAGCUAUUGAUAAACUUGGACAGAAUAUUGCUGUGGUUGGCAAGUUUGGUUUUGCACACUACUCUUUACUCACCAAAAAAUGGAAACUUUUUGGAAACAUUACUCAGGAACAAAAUAUGAUUGUGACUGGUGGCUUAGCUUGGUGGAAUGAUUUUGUGGUCCUUGCAUGUUACAACAUAAGUGACCGUCAAGAAGAACUCAGAGUAUACUUGCGAACAUCAAAUCUGGACAAUGCCUUUGCUCAUGUCACCAAGGCACAAGCAGAAACAUUACUGCUCAGUGUCUUCCGGGACAUGGUAAUAGUAUUUAGAGCAGACUGCUCAAUAUGUCUUUAUAGUAUUGAAAGAACAUCUGAUGGUUCGAAUACUACUGCUGGUAUUCAUGUUCUUCAGGAAGUCUCCAUGUCACGCUACAUUCCUCACCCUUUCCUGGUAGUAUCUGUUACUCUGACGUCUGUGAGUACAGAGAAUGGAAUCACCUUGAAAAUGCCACAGCAGGUUCGUGAUGCAGAGAGCAUUAUGCUGAACCUUGCUGGACAGCUCAUCAUGAUGCAGAGGGACAGGUCUGGCCCUCAAAUCCGAGACAAGGACAGUAACCCCAACCAAAGGAAACUUCUGCCAUUCUGUCCUCCUGUUGUACUAGCCCAGUCUGUUGAAAAUGUUUGGACUACAUGUCGAGCAAAUAAACAAAAACGUCACCUUCUGGAAGCACUCUGGCUCAGCUGUGGUGGUGCAGGGAUGAAAGUCUGGCUUCCUCUCUUCCCUAGGGACAACCGCAAGCCGCAUUCCUUCUUGUCUCAGCGGAUCAUGCUGCCUUUCCAUAUCAAUAUAUACCCCCUGGCGGUUCUGUUUGAAGAUGCGUUGGUCCUUGGUGCUGUCAAUGACACUUUACUGUAUGAUUCUUUGUACACUCGGAACAGUGCUAAGGAGCAGCUUGAGGUGCUCUUCCCUUUCUGUGUCGUGGAGAGAACCUCUCAGAUCUACCUCCACCACAUUCUACGUCAGCUGCUGGUCAGGAACCUUGGGGAGCAAGCCUUGCUCUUAGCUCAGUCUUGUGCUGCAUUACCUUACUUCCCUCAUGUGCUGGAGCUUAUGCUCCAUGAAGUGCUGGAAGAAGAAGCUACCUCACGGGAGCCCAUUCCCGACCCGCUGCUUCCCACUGUGGCAAAAUUCAUUACUGAGUUCCCCCUCUUCCUGCAGACAGUUGUGCACUGUGCCAGGAAGACUGAAUAUGCACUGUGGAAUUACCUUUUUGCAGCUGUUGGAAACCCGAAGGACUUGUUUGAAGAAUGCUUGAUGGCUCAGGAUUUGGACACAGCUGCCUCUUACCUUAUCAUUUUGCAGAAUAUGGAAGUCCCGGCAGUAAGCAGGCAACAUGCCACCCUUCUGUUCAACACAGCGCUGGAACAAGGCAAGUGGGACCUGUGCCGACACAUGAUUCGAUUUCUUAAGGCCAUUGGCUCUGGGGAAGCUGAAACACCUCCAUCCACACCUACAGCUCAGGAACCUAGUUCAAGUGGCGGAUUUGAGUUCUUCAGGAAUCGAAGCAUCAGUUUGUCCCAAUCAGCUGAAAAUGUUCCUCCUAGUAAAUUCAGCUUACAGAAAACACUAAGUAUGCCAUCUGGUCCUUCUGGAAAAAGCUUCCCUGUUUCUACUUUCAGAUGGAGCAAAGAUAGUGACAGUGCUGAGAACAUGUACAUUGACAUGAUGCUAUGGAGACAUGCUCGGCGUCUUUUAGAAGACGUCCGAUUAAAGGACCUUGGCUGCUUUGCAGCCCAGCUAGGCUUUGAGCUGAUUAGCUGGCUAUGUAAGGAGCGUACCCGUGCUGCCCGAGUAGACAACUUCGUGAUCGCCCUGAAAAGACUCCACAAAGAUUUCCUUUGGCCACUCCCCAUCAUCCCAGCAUCGUCUAUCUGUUCUCCUUUCAAAAACGGAAAAUUCCGAACAGCUACCAUGGGAGAGCAGCUAUUAAAGUCUCAGUCAGCUGACCCUUUUAUAAGCCUCGAGAUGGAUGCUGGUGUCUCAAGUAUCCAACGGAGUCAGAGCUGGCUCAGCAGCACGGGCCCAUCCCAUCAUGAGAUAGACACAGCCUCAUCCCAUGGACCACAAAUGCAAGAUGCUUUCUUAUCACCUUUGUUUACUAAAGGUGAUGAAUGCAGCAUUGGUUCAGCCACAGACCUGACUGAAAGUAGCUCCGUGGUAGAUGGAGACUGGACCAUGGUAGAUGAAAAUUUCUCUACACUCAGUUUGACUCAGUCAGAGUUGGAGCACAUCUCCAUGGAAUUGGCAAGUAAAGGACCUCACAAAUCCCAAGUCCAGCUUCGGUAUUUGCUACACGUUUUCAUGGAGGCAGGGUGUCUGGACUGGUGCAUCGUCAUAGGCCUGAUUCUUAGAGAAUCUUCAAUAAUCAAUCAGAUUUUGGUUAUUGCGCAGUCUUCAGAGGUAGAUGGAGAGAUGUUACAGAACAUAAAGACAGGACUACAUGCAGUGGACAGAUGGGCCUCUGUAGAUUGCCCUGGAUAUAAGCCAUUUUUAAACAUCAUUAAACCACAACUGAAGAAACUCAGCGAGAUAACAGAAGAACAAGUCCAGCCCGAUGCCUUCCAACCAGUAGCAGUGGGUAAGACUCCUGAACAGACUAGCCCUAGGGCAGAGGAGAGCAGGGGCUCCUCUGGCCAUGGAGGUAUCCCCCAAAGUGAGACUGGGGGUAGCAGUAUAGCUACCCGGAAAGAAGAAGACAUAGCCCAGACAGAAGAGGAGGAAUCAUUUCAGGAUGGGACUUACGACUGUUCCGUGUCCUAACAAUAGUGUAUACCAAGAAGUGAUAUAGCUGAUCAAAAGGGUGAGAUGAUCAGUUUUUCUUCUACAAGUGAUGUCCAGUUUUCCCAGCACCAUUUGUUUAAAGAGGCUGUCUUCUCUACAACAUACAUUUCUGACUCCUUGUGCGGAUUUGUUUCUACAUCCUCUUAAUUCUGUUCCACUGCUCUACAUGUCCAUUUUUGUCAGUACCAUGCUGUUUUUGUUACUAUGGCUUUGCAGUAUAAUUUUAAAAGGAAUGUUGUGAUUCCUCCAACCUUGUUCAUUUUGCUUAGAAUUGCCUUGGCUAUUUGUUGGUCACAUUCCCAUAUGCAUGUUGGGAUUAUUUUUUCUAAUUCUAUAAAGAAUGUCAUCAGUUUACUGAUUGAGAUUGCACUGUAUCUGUAGGUUGCUUUUGGUAAUAAUGACCAUUUUGACUUUCUUAAUUCUGCCACUGAUGAGCAUGAGGGGAUUGAGAACACCUUUCAGUGUUCCAAAAUUUUCGUUGUAGAGAUUGUCCCCCUAUUUUGUUAGGUUUAUCCCUUGAUAUUUUAUUUGAAGCCAGUUUCUCAGCUAGUCCAUUUUUGGUGUAAAGACUGAUCCUUUAC